AAGAUGGUGCACACCUGCUGACCUCAGCCAUGCGUGGGGAGCUUAUAGGGGCUAUUUAUAGGGUUGAAAACGUUUGUGUAUGGAGUUUGUUGCUCUUGCUUGGUGCACUUAUUUGCACGUUGUAUUCACAUUGCACGUUUAAGUAUAUAUAGUGGUGUUUUGUAUCCUGUGUUUGGUUCCUGCCCUUUCACUAAAAAUGGAAGACAUUUCUCAUCCUUCACAGUCAGAUGUUGAGCAACCGCACCCCCCAGUUAAUCACAAUAGACCUUUUUUCUAUGUCCAACCACCAUCUCAACCUUAUUUCUUCUAUCAGUGGCCUAUGGAUCCAUUUGGACAGUAUGGCUUCCCAGGGCCAGUGUUCCCGUUUGGGCGUGCUUGUAUGCCUCCAUAUCAAUUUAUGCAGUACCCUGGUUAUGUGGUCCCACAUGCGCCCAUGCAGCCGACUGAUUACAGAAGGAUUGCCCCCCUCUUCCCUUCUGUCACCUCCUAUGACCUCCGUUUCCGUCAGCACUUCCAGCAGAUGAGCAUGCAUCGUGAGACCACAUCGUCUGAAGCCCAGACGGAGCCCGGAGAUCCAGUUAGUAAACUGAUGGACUGCCUGGAAGGUCUUCAAGCAUGUGAAAAGUCUGGAGCAGUCAAGGAACCCAAUGUGAUGUUUUCCUCAACCCCCGCUGUAAUCUCAUUCACCCAUGAGAUGGAGAAGAUGAACUAUGGAGAUGAGUUAAAUAUGGAGCCUGCUUCUCAGCUUGAUCAGGAUGAUUCGGGGAAGCCGGUGACGCACUGUGACUCUGCCGUGUAUGACGCCGAGUCGAGCCAGGGCCGAUUGGAGGAGUGCGUGUUGUCCGAUGUGCUGCCUCUUGACAGUUCCUCCAUUCGUGACGAAAGCCAGGGUCAGGACCAAGAUUACAAACGAAGUGAUUCGGAGAUGCCGUGCUUUCAGAUUGAGAAAUCUGGCAUGAAUCACAUCAGCAAUGGAAGCCAUUCAGCUGAGGUCCAUGACUCUGGAGCUCAUGUUUCUGAUUGCAAUGGGACGUCUGAUUUGUGUGAAGGUAAGACCUCCAUCCAAAGUGAGAAGUGUGAGAAUUUGCCUUCUGACUCUGUAGAGGUUACCGAGCCUCUGUUGCAGAUGACCGCAGACUGUGAUCUGCCAUAUCAAAUUCUCCGCCUUCCUUGCAAUAAGACUACCACUGGUUUGUUGCUUCAGAAAGAGGUCGACCCAUUGCUGUACAUGGAUACUGCAUCUGCUCUAUUGCCUUCUAAAAGAUACACUUUUGGCAGCCCAUACACCCAUAACUACUACCCUCAAGUGGUUCCUGCACGGCAGAGUGUCCUCAGUCCUUCAUUAGACGAGCUGUCCUCCAGGGAUGAGAUGUUCUCCACUGAUGUCGAAGAUGAUCUAACGUCUGGGCAAGUCUAUGUAGAUGGUGGCAAACUGGCAGAAACCGGUGCUGUUCCCACCCACUCUGAAACAGAUCCUGCAGAUAAAGCAUGCUCUGUUUGGGCCAAAACGUGCGCCUGCUGUGGUGCAAGCCUUCCAGAUGAAGACAUCAGCCCUGCAGAGCUGUUGGAUCAAGAUUGCGACUGUGAGUUGGAGGAAGAUACUGAGGCGGCAAGUACCGGUGAAGCUCAGAAAGUAGUUUUGAGGCAGCAUCUAUCCAAGCAUGGACUGUCGCCUUUUGCUCAAGUUUCCAAACACAAAGCCAGGAAGGUCCUGGAGGUUGAAGAGCCAAGUGGGCAGGACCAAGACCAUGGCAGAGGAGAGUGUGGUGAGCAGCCUCAUCCUACUUCUAAAGGAGACAAGGGCCGAGGCAAAGGUCAAAAGGGUACCCAGUUCAGAUCUUACUCUGAACACUUACAGGGAGAAUGUCCAGGAGAGAUAAUGGACCAUGAAAAUUGGACUGGCUGCAGUGGCAAGCAGAGAUCACGAUCCUGCAGGCCGGCCAAUGGUCUUCAAGAAAAAGGGAGACCUGCAAGACGAAGGCCUUCUUGCAAGACAUUUGCUCAGCAGAGGCCGAGGAGAAAUGAAUACGAUGACCACAAUGAGGCAGAGUUUUCCUACUGCCAAAGGGGCAGAGGAUCUAUGAAAAGAAGAGGCACAAGAUACUAAGCAACAAUGAGCACUGCUUUAAUACUUAAAUGUAUUACCUAUUAUAAACACUAUUGCACUAUGGAAUGCACAAAAGCAUGCUAUAAUAAAUAAACGAGCACUGGUAUUUAUGUGAAUAAUAAGGGGUAAUGCAGAAAUGAAUGCCUUGCUGCACAUGACUGCCUUUCCAAUGCUCACACCGCUUCACUUUGAGUGCUGUGCAUUCAUCUUAAUCCUGCCUGAGGGUGAUUUCUCUGGACUUUGCCUUGACGUGCUUAACUCAUCCCUUUGUACUUGUGUGGCUGGAUCUGGGAGGUGUAGAUCUAGCCUCUUCACUGCUGGUGCUGCUCGUCAAGGUCUGAGUCAUCGAAGCCAUUCUCAGAUUUUUUUUUUUUUUCUCCCGAAGGCUGGGCAUUAGAAAUGCAGCUGAUUAAAAAAAAAAUAAAUUGGCAGAUACCUCGGCAGUCUGGCCGAGCCUAGUCCAGACAUGUCGUUUUAUUAUUGUGCAACCUGUUUUAAACCUGUAAUGCAGUGUAAUGUUGACUUACAGAUGUGUUUGCUUGCACAGUGGUGUCAUUAAAAUCCUUGCAUUGCA